AUGGAUCUUUCAUCCACUGGCAGUCUACCCUGCCACCUUCCCCUCUCCCUUCUAACAAAUCUCCAAAAUUCUCCAACGGCUUCAUCCUCCUCCUUCGCCUCACCACCUGCCACGUCAUCAGCAGCACCGGCUCUUCUGAUUCAUUCACCGUCGUCUGCAUUCCGUCCAGUGAUUCCACGUCAUCUACAACCAUCGCCAUCCGUCGACACCUUCUACAUGUCAGCCAUUCAGUCGUUGGUCGUGCAAACGGCGCCCGAGGAUCAGUUCAGUGAGAUAGGACCAUCGGAAGGCAGCACAUCAUCACUGGUAAAAGAUGAGAACGCUUCUACAUCAGCGGGAACGAUUCUGUGUCAAGUUUGUUCGGACAAGGCCAGCGGUUUUCAUUACGGUGUUUUCGCUUGUGAAGGAUGCAAGGGCUUCUUCCGUCGAUCCAUUCAACAAAAGCUCACCUAUCGAGCGUGUACACGUGUCGAGGAUUGCCUGAUCCUGAGAAAUAACAGAAAUCGAUGCCAAUGUUGUCGACUGAAAAAGUGCCUGGCCGUUGGAAUGUCCCGAGAUGCUGUUCGAUUCGGUCGAGUGCCAAAACGUGAAAAAGCGAGAAUGUUUGAGGAGAUGCAAAAGACAAAUGUGCAAUCACAAAAAGAUCAAAUCGCAAUUCAAUAUGAGAAUUUAUCAGAAGUCAUGCACAAAAUGAAUCAGGCAUUUAUCACACUACAGACUACGCUCGAAAAAUGCACGGGACCAAUCUACAGUGAUCGGUGUCCAAUCACUUCAAAUUUUAUUGUGAUUCCCCUGAAGGCGGCAAUCGAUUUCGCCAAUCAGAUUCCAGCAUUUUUAUCGAUUUCCCAAGCAGACAGAGUUCACUUAUUGCAGAACAGCGUCUUCGAUGUGAUGCUUCUCGCUUCGGCCACCUCAAUCACGUCUCCAGGCUCCCCACAAUUCCCACCAGGCGGCUUAUCUUAUGAUCAGCAAUCCUCCACAUCGAAUUCUCUGAUUCCCCAAAUCAUUCAAUCGAUAUCCGAUCGAAUCCGGCAACUUCCACCCCAGGCGAUUCCAAUUCUGACUGCCAUUGCUGUCUGCCAAGCUGAUAUCAUGCCUGAUUGCCAACAACCAUCACUUCUAUCCAAUCAAUUGUGGGCGGUGCUUGGAAAAGUGGGCGGAGUCAACCCGUUGCUCAUCGGACCAUCACUGUUCAAAGACAUCCGAUCGUUGAGACAGUGGCACAAUGCUCGCCUUCGACAGGUCUCUCAAAUUCCGCAGCCUCACUUCCACCCGAAUCAGCUGCUUCUUGGCUUUCAACAACCACAACAACCCGUAUACUUGCCACCCGCAUUUCUGUCACCACCCGCUUCAACCAGCACACUGUCACAAUCGUCAAUCAAAUCCGAAUACAUCGAAAGACAUCAAUCGAUUGCAGCAAUGUUGGAGCGGCCGCGGCGUAUCAGCACUGGAGUACCAGAGCCUCUGAAUCUGACGCUUCCCCCUCCUCUCGGACGUCUUCCAGUGAAAGUUGAGGAACCGGAUGAGGAGCUGGCGGUGACGGAUUCUGAAUCGAAGCCGUCGGUCUUCGAAUAA